GCCAAGAAACCAGCUCAGGCACAUCCGCCUCACGAGACAAGACAAGACAAGCUGGAGAGGGGUGUGGGAAUUGGCACAGCUUCCAUGUAGAACUACAAGAGAGGGCUGCAACACUUCUGUACUAAGAGGCUGUCCUAUACUGACGCUCAAAAACACUCAGUGAGACAAAUCAGGAAAAGGAGGCUGUUGUUUACCAGUGGGAGACUGGACUGAAGGACGUAACACACUCUAACAUCACUGGUGUCUGGGCACUCUGACACAAUGGCUGUCCUCAAGCUCUUCCCCACAGACUACACCUUGGCUCUAUUGCUGCUGGCUCUCUUUCUCUACCUGGUCGUGUCCCUAAUUCGGUGGGGAAUUCCCAGGAAUUUCCCUCCUGGACCGACUCCGCUUCCUUUGAUCGGAAACUUGCACCAACUGGACCUCAAGAAGCUGGGCUGGUCUCUCACGGGGCUUGCAGAGAAAUAUGGAAGUGUAUUUUCAGUGGAGUUCGGCCCAUCGAAGGCAGUGGUGUUGACUGGUUACGAUGCAGUGAAAGACGCUCUUGUGAAUCACGCUGAUCAAUUCAGUGGGAGGCCGCACUUACCAAUAUUUGACACAGUUUCAUUCCAAAGUGGCGUGAUAUUCAGUAACGGGAAGUUGUGGCGGGAGAACCGAAAGUUUGUGAUCUCAGCUCUCCGAGGAUUUGGCAUGGGCAAGAAAUCCGUUGAAGACAGGAUCAGUGAAGAGGCCAGCUUUCUUGUCAAUGUGUUUGAGAGUCACAAGGGUCAGCCUUUUGAAACUGCACAGAUUAUGUAUUUGGCUGUGAGCAAUAUCAUCUGUUCCAUCAUAUUUGGCGACCGUUUUGAUUAUAACAAUGAAGUAUUUAUCCAUCUAACAAGCAUGAUUAAUGAGAACACGAGACUGUUGGGAACAGCUCCAAUCCAUCUGUACAAUUUUUACCCAACUCUGGGAUUUCUGAUUCCGAGCCGCAGGAAGAUUAUUCAAAAUUUCGUAAAGGUGCAUGAAAUCUUUGAAGGUUUCUUCAAAGCUGCCAAAGAGACGCUGAGCGAGAACAGCAUCCAGACACUCAGCGAGGCCUUAAUUCUGAGGCAUCAGCAGGAGCUGGGAGGUGAAGAUUUAGAGAGUAAGAAAAAGGAUAUUGUGGUUACAAUCACUGACCUGUUUACUGCUGGCACAGAAACCACCUCCACUACCCUCUGCUGGGGACUUCUUCUGAUGGUAAACCACCCAGAAAUCCAGAGGAAAGUCCAAGAUGAAAUUGAUCGGGUGAUAGGAGCUGGUCGAUUCCCGAGGACAGAAGACCAGAGACACAUGCCCUACACUGAGGCUGUGAUUCACGAGAUCCAGAGGUUUGCCAACAUUGUCCCGAUCCUUCCUCAUUCGACAACCGAGGACACGCAUUUCAGAGGGUAUUUCCUUCCAAAGGGAACGUACGUUAUUCCUUUACUGACCUCGGUGCUGUACGAUAAAACCCAAUGGGAAAAGCCCCACCAGUUUAACCCGGCUCACUUCCUGGAUACUGAUGGGAAUUUUGUGAAGAGAGACGCCUUCAUGCCUUUCUCUGCAGGUCGGAGGGUGUGUGCUGGUGAGGCACUGGCUAAAGUGGAGCUUUUCCUGUUCUUCACCACCCUGCUGCAGAAGUUCCACUUCCAGGCCCCACCAGGCAUGACCGACCUGGACAUUAGCCCGAGAACCGACUUAGUGUCCAACCCGAAACCCCACCGGGUUUGUGCUGUGUCUCGCUGAUGGGACCCAGCGACAGGCCCAGUCGGUCUUUCACUGCUGGGUUUAUAAAGGUGGGAGCUGCAGCACAAAGUGUGAGGCAGCACCAGAACCGGGUUACCCUGUCUCUGUCUGACGUGGGACACAAUCAUUUACUCUUCGUACAGAUCUGUAUCGUCCCACCUUCACUUCUGUAACGAUAAUGUUUCCAGGGAAUCAACUGAGAAUAUCCUCCCAUUACAAAAGGAGGCAGACAUUUCAUUGAGAGUUUGAAUUCUGUUUGCAAAUUAACUCAGACCCCAUUCCAAACCUGUGUGAUUCAUUUU